UCCCCGGCUUCCCUCUGCAGUAGAGUUGUGUGUGGGUUUAAUGAAGAUCUCUGCGCGUUUCGCUUCGCUUGACCACACGUUAUCCAUCUGAUCAAACAGUUAAAGAGCCUGUGAGUCUCCAUGGGUGGAAAGAAGAAGAAAUCUGCGGCUCCGUCUGCUACUGGAGCUGGAAACAGCGCGCCGGAAUCUGCAGGACAACCGCAGCAGCAGAAAACCCACUGCCCUAAGCCUUCCAGCAAGGAGAGUAAACCCAAAGCACCAAAAACAUACGGCCUGACCAGCACCUCACAGGUCGACGCCAGUGGAGCCUCAGAUAAAUCAGUCCUCAAAGUCGUCAUUCAGCCGGACCUGGAAAAGAAAAUUAUCAAAAUGAUCAACGACCACAGACAGGAUAAUGGUGACAAAGGAUACAUAUCAAGGAGGCUCACCACUAAAAAACUGCUGGAUUUGUACACAGCUCUGCAGAACUUCCACUUUAGUACAGCACACAUAGAAGAGGCCAUGAAAAGUAGCAUGCUGCAUGGAGGGGAUCUGCACUCGGCACUCGAUUGGCUUUGCCUGAAUCUCAAGGACGAUGAGCUGCCGGAAGGCUUCAGCCAAAGCAUGCGAGAGGAGAACAACAAGAGUCGGGCCAAGUUCCAGGAUCAAAAAAAGCAGAGCCAGACAGCGGUCAGAAAAGAGGAGCCCAAACAAGAAGAGAAGCCCAAACCAAAGGUAAAGGAUGAUGGUGUGAACAUGAAGGAGUGGAUCCUGAGAUAUGCAGAACAGGAGGAGGAGAAGAGUAGUGAAGAGGAGGAGAGGAGCGCAGAUCCCUCAAACAAUCCACAGCUGGAUGAGAAGUUUGAUCCUAAUGAGCGCUAUCUGGUGCUGACCGCCCAGCUGUAUGAUGCAAAGGAAAUGGCAGCAGACGCUAAAGCCAAGAAAGACAAAGUAGGCCAACGAACAGCGCAGGACCGCAUCAGGGUCAUUCAGCAAGAGAUGAAGCCGUUGGAGUCUCACCCACUGUUUAAUCCAGCCAUUAAAGUCACAGACGCUCCUAAAGAGGAGAAAAGGCCGGCGCCUGUGAAGGAAGUGAACGAGGACCUCAACUUUAACCUGUUUGAACAAGCUGAGAAAGCACCAGAAGAGAAGAGUGAGCAACACGCUGAAAAAUCGGAGAAGAAGAAGGAUCCGAAAGACAUCCGGGACUUUGACUACACUGGCCGCAGCUGGACCGGGAAAUCUCCCAAACAGUUCCUGAUAGACUGGUGCAGGAAAAACCUUCCAAAGAGCCGUCCGCCAUCCUUCCAGAAGGUUCCUGCUGGGAGAUACUGGAAAUGCAAGGUUCGUAUUCAGAGGCCGGAUGAUGUGCUGGAAGUUUGUCCCACCAUUCUGACUGAGGACAGCAUGCAGGCACAGCAUUUAGGAGCCACACUGGCUCUCUAUAACAUGGUGAAGGGACAGUCAGUGCAUCAGCUCCUUCCUCCUCCAUAUCGUGACGUGUGGUUGGAGUGGAGAGACAGUGAGCAGCAGAAGGAGGAACAGACUCGCUCAGCCAUCAAUAAACCCCGUGAUCAGUUCAUCGCCCGCCUGUUCACCCGCCUCAAACAGCAGCUGGCGCACAGCCAGCAGGCCAGGUGUGGUUCCCCGGGUCCCGGAGACGAGCCAGAGGAUUCGUGGGAAAGUUUGGCUCUUCAGGAUGAGCUGCAGGAGCCCCAGCGUGAAGUUCAGGACAUGCAGCUGUGGGAGAAGUCUCGGGCUCUUUUGCUGAAGCUGUGCAAAUCUGCAUUGGCCUGCAGGCUGCGGUCCGAGAGAGAGCAACUUCCUGUGUUUCAGCACAGAGGACGUGUGCUGGAGACUCUGGGGCGCCACCGUGUGGUGGUGGUGGCUGGAGAGACAGGCAGUGGGAAAAGUACACAGAUCCCGCAGUUUAUUCUGGAGGAGCUGCUAGCUGGGGGAAAUGAGGCGCGGCCCUGUAACAUUGUGGUCACUCAGCCCAGGAGGAUAUCAGCCAUGAGUCUGGCCAACAGGGUCAGUCAGGAGCUGGGCAGUGAGGAUGCACCUGGAGGCAAGGACACUCUGUGUGGGUAUCAGAUUCGGCUGGAGAACCGCUCCUCUGACUCCACUCGUCUGCUCUACUGCACCACCGGCGUCCUCCUGAGGAAGCUCCAGCAGGACCGGCUCCUCUCCUCCCUCACGCACAUCAUUGUGGACGAGGUCCACGAGCGCAGCGUUCAGUCUGAUUUCCUGCUGACCAUUCUGAGGGACGUGGUCCAUAAGCGCUCGGACCUGCAGCUGAUCCUGAUGAGUGCCACUGUGGACUGCGAGAAGUUUUCCAGCUAUUUUAACCGAUGCCCUGUGGUCACCAUUCCUGGCAGGACCUUCCCUGUGGAGGUGUUCCACCUGGAGGAUAUCGUGGAGGAGACUGGGUAUGUGCUGGAAGAAGAUUCGGAUUACAGUCAGAGGUUUGUGGAGGAAGAGGAGGAGGUUAGCGUCUCAAUCACACAGAAAGGAGGAAAAACACUACAGCAUCAGGAGGUUAUUGUGCGGGACUCUGCUGCUGGAUGGGAUCUGGGUCCAGAGUUAGAUCACUUCAGCAACCGUACACGUCACGCCCUGCAGUACAUGAACCCAAACAAGAUCAACAUGGACCUGAUCCUGGACCUACUCGCUUACCUAGAUAAAUCUCCCCAGUUUUCAGGGAUAGACGGGGCUGUGCUGGUGUUUCUACCUGGAUUGGCCCACAUUCAGCAGCUUUUUGACCUUCUGACCACAGACAAGAGAUUCAGCUCCAAGGACAGGUAUAAGCUGGUCGCCCUUCACUCUACGCUCUCCUCUCAGGAUCAAGCCUCAGCCUUUACAGUGCCCCCUGCUGGUGUGAGAAAGAUUGUUCUCUCCACCAACAUCGCUGAGACUGGAGUCACCAUUCCAGAUGUGGUGUUUGUCAUUGAUACAGGGAAAACGAAAGAGAACCGGUAUCACGAGAGCAGUCAGAUGAGCUCUCUGGUGGAGACGUUUGUGAGUAAAGCCAGCGCUCUCCAGAGGCAGGGCAGGGCAGGACGAGUGAGAAGCGGCUUCUGUUUCCGCCUCUACCCCAAAUUCAGGUUCGAUAGUUUCAUUGAUUACUCCAAACCAGAAAUCCUGAGGGUUCCUCUGGAGGAGCUGUGUCUUCACAUCAUGAAGUGUGAGUACGGUUCUCCAGAGGAGUUCCUGUCUCGUUCGCUGGACGCUCCGCAGCAGCAGGCUGUAUGUAAUGCGGUCAGUUUGUUGAGGAAGAUUGGUGCCUGUGAGAGAGAGAGCCACAUGCUCACUCCUCUCGGCCAGCACCUCGCUUGCCUGCCUGUCAACGUCAAGAUCGGCAAGAUGCUCAUCUUCGGUGCCAUCCUGGGCUGCCUGGAGCCCAUUGCAACAAUAGCUGCCGCUAUGUCUGAGAAGUCUCCGUUCUCCACUCCGAUGAGCAGGAAGGAAGAGGCCAACCUGGCCAAAGAUGCUUUAGGCAUCGCCAACUCUGACCACCUGACCAUCUAUAACGCUUAUUUAGGGUGGAAGAGUGCCCGCAGUGAGGGAACGCGUGCGGAGAUGAUGUACUGUAGGAAACACUUCCUGAACCGAACUUCACUCAUCACCAUUGAGAAUGUAAAGCAGGACCUGAUCCGGAUGGUGGAGCAGACCGGCUUCAGCAGACCCACGCAGAUCCGUUCCAAAAACAAAGUUCCAGGGUCGCUCUCCAAGCAGGACAUCCCGAUUCUGGCGGCGGUUCUGACCGCUGGCCUUUAUGACAGCGUGGGCCGGAUCAUCUACACUCCAUCAGUGGACUUACAGGAGCGUGUGGCCUGCACGGUGGAGACGGCGCAGGGGAAAGCGCAGGUCCACCCGUCCUCCAUCAACCGUAACCUGCAGACCCACGGCUGGCUGCUCUACCAGGAGAAGGUGAAGUAUUCAAAGGUUUAUCUGCGGGACACCACCCUCAUCUCCCCGUUCCCCUUCCUGCUGUUUGGGGGAGACAUUGACGUCCAGCAUCGUGAGAGACUGAUUUCUGUGGACGGAUGGAUUCACUUUCAGGCUCCAGUGAGAAUCGGCGUGAUCUUUAAACACCUCCGCAUACUCAUCGACUCACUGCUGGAGAGGAAACUGGCCAACCCUCGAAUUAAUGUGGAAGAUGAGAAGACCGUACAGAUGAUAAUAGAGCUGAUUAAAUCAGAGAACAUACUUCAAUGAAGCUCCUUAACCAUCAGAUGGACCCCAGUUCCAGCCUUAUAUUAACAGAGCUGCCCAAGCUCCUCCCACAAAUGCACUCUGUCAUAUCUACUGUUGCUAGGUUGUACAAGUUUAAAAGUCAAAAUUAUUUUCAAUGAGAAACUGUAGAAUGGACUCAGUUUAUAUCACAAUACCUACAUUUAGAGUCAGUUAUUCAUUCAACCUAAUGAACAAUCUGUAGAGAUCUUUGUUUAGAGUUACUAUAUGACAUUGACCUCACAUUGUGAAAUGCUAAGAUAACCAGCUGGACUGUGUUUAAAACAAAGCAGGUUGGAAACAACAUGAAUUAGCCACCUUGCAAAUGGUAGCUUGAUCACAUGACAAAAAAAAGAACCCUAAUCUAUCUUGAAGGUGUGAGCUGUCCAAUAAACAUAAUAUGAAAUGAAUAAGUGGUUCUAAAUGUAUGUGUUGUGAGUCUGUUCUACAGUUUCUCAUUAGGUUUAAUGGGAUUUUUACCAGCAUUCUGUAAAGCUUGCCCAGCCUAGCAACAGUAGCCAUGGAAAAAAAAAAAAACACAUUUGUGGGAGGAGUGUGGGUAGUUUGAAUGAAACCAUGCCACAAAGGUUUAGGGCUGCAGAAUAUAUUGUUAAUGACUUGUUAUUGCAAUAUUGGCAUGAAUAGUAAUAUUACAGAAGACUGCAAUAUGCAAAUGAGCUCUCCAACCAAUCAUUGUUUGUUUACUGUGUGCUGGGAUCGUCUUCACCAGUCACAGUUACAGAUGAGUUUCUGUUUUGAUGAAUAAAAAUAUUCAUGUAACUCAACAAAAAUAAAUUAUUUUGGUUAUAAUGAUGCAGACCCGUCUUUAACCAUGUCCCGUCAUUGAUUCAACAAUAUAGCUGUGAUCACACUACGGUGUGUUGUUCAACAAGGGAACGCUCCCCUCUAAAACUCCACCCCAACUUUCUCUAGCUUGUGCACUUUUACUAUCUGGUUCUCCUGUUCUUGAAUCCUCUCAGGCAGGCAAUGAACCUCGGGAUAUGUUGGUUGGCGAAGGAUGCAGCCCCUGAAUUGGGACACAGCUUCUAUUCCUCCAACAUGUAGCAGAAAAUAGACGUUGUGCAUCAAUCUGUAGAUGCUGUUGUGCCUAUUUUAGGAAGUCUAGAAUUUCCUCUCUCGCACCCUGUGGUGAACAUAAGCCUGAUUCAUCCAAUGUACAUUUUUCCUCUCAAUGUCACUGGAUCCUGAUUUACGAGGUCAUUUAGCAGUAAAUAUAUGUAUAUAUGCUACAUCUGUGCUAACAGUGAGCUCCUGCACACUGACAUGCCCUUGCAUAAAAAUCUAAAUUUUUUAUUAAACUUCAAAACUAUCAUAUACCAACACAAGUUACUCCUGAUGUGCUCUAUUACUGCCAAAGCCUCUAAGCUGCCACACUGGACAGAGAUUGCUGGUUUGUUUGGGGUAUUUUGGAGAGGUCACUCUUCUGAUAUCAGUUCAGUGCGCAGAUGAGUUAGCUUGCAUGUAGCAAUAUUCAUAUUUUGGCUCGUUAACAACCUCGUAAUGCGGAAAAUCUGGGAACAUUAAGAGAGAAAAUGUAUGUGUCUGGUGUUUGUUCACCACAGGCUGCAGUAGCAGUGCUUCUCAAAGAUCUCCUUCAUUUUUUUCUAUAGAGAAAAACAGCUUAGACACGGAGUUCCUAAUAUGGGCAUGAAGUUAAAUACAGCAUGGCGCACAACACCAGGGGUCUAUUCCGAAUGUUUUUUUCCAGAUGUUCUUAUGACCGGGUCACAUCUGGCCUCAUGAGAAAACUAGUUACCCAACCAAUUGUGUGCUGAGUCAGUGUUUGAAGGUCAGAGGUUUCCAGGGCUGGUUUUGGGAAAUGAUCAGAGAUGGUGCUAUGGAACUUGGUGAAUAUGAUAAAUCUGUAAACAGUGUUUUUUUUGCUGUGUACAUGUGUUGCCAAAUCAUAAAAGAAUAAAAAUGAUGGUUCUCCAAGGGUUCUUUGGUAAAGAAAAUGGUGCUCUGUAGAGCCAUGAACACUUAUAGAACCCUAGUAUACCAAGAGUCACUGGGUGAGGCUCCUAACAUUACAUUGACCUGCAAUUGUAAACUUCUAUGGAGACAAACACUUGUUAAAUACAGAAGAUUAACGUUUGUUACAAAUGUUGUGUCUCAACUUUACAAAUAAACGCUGCUAAAUGCA